ACCGAUGGAUCAACAGCCUUGAAUAUUGCGAAAGCUGCAGAGUUGCCGCAGUAGUUCUUCAUGGCAGAGCUUAAAAUGCUCUUGUCUGUUGUUGACACUUGCAUAUAACAUUUGUGGCCAAGAAUGGCUUUUACACAUCUGGUCUGUGUAGGAGAACUGCAAUACAGCUCUAUAUUUUAUUCGAUGGGGCUCUCAAGAAGAAUGACCUAACAUGGAAAGACUGACUUCUCCUCUCAUAACUAAAAGAAAUGUAUCUAGACAGGACUGCUUUUCCCAUCUACUUAGAGGUCUGCUAGGUUGACGCACUGCCAUAAAUAUCCCCUGAUUUUUCCUUUUAAUAUUAAUCUUAGGAACGGUUGAAAUUAAUUGCCACUUUCUUUUGGAGUGCCCCUAUGUCUGCUACCAUGUUAUAUUGGCCAAUAUGACUUUGUCCGCAGUAGCCAGCCCCUCCUCACUUAGAGAGUAAUGCUAUCACUUCCAUUAAUUCUAGAAGUUCUUGUGCCAAGAGCCUUAAAUCAUUGCAGCAAUGAGUAUUCAGGGAAUGGAACUUUUUGCCAUUGGAGUGGUCAUCGUACUGUUCGUGGCUGUUCUCAAGCAGUUCGGCAUUCUGGAACCCAUGUCGUUGGAAGAGGGUAGUGACAGUGACCUCGAGCUGUCGGCGGUGAGACAUCAGCCCGAGGGUCUGGAACAGCUGCAGGCUCAGACCAAAUUCACCAAGAAGGAGCUGCAGUCCCUCUACAGGGGCUUUAAAAAUGAGUGCCCAAGUGGUUUGGUCGAUGAAGAAACUUUCAAGACCAUCUACUGUCAGUUCUUUCCCCAAGGGGAUGCCACCACAUACGCCCAUUUCCUGUUUAACGCAUUUGACCUUGACAGAAUUGGCUCAAUUCGUUUUGAGGACUUUGUGAUUGGUCUGUCAGUGUUGCUGAGAGGAACGGUCACUGAAAAGCUCAACUGGGCUUUCAACCUUUAUGACAUCAACAAGGAUGGAUACAUCACUAAAGAGGAGAUGCUGCUAAUCAUGAAGUCAAUCUACGAUAUGAUGGGCAGGUACACCUACCCCAGUGUGAGAGAUGAAGCUCCAUCUGAACAUGUGGAGAAGUUCUUCCAGAAAAUGGACAGGAAUCGAGAUGGUGUGGUCACUAUUGAGGAGUUUAUUGAGACCUGUCAGAAAGAUGAAAACAUCAUGAACUCCAUGCAGCUCUUUGAAAAUGUAAUAUAGAAUGUAAGUGGAACAAUCUCAAACUAAAAGAAACCCUUGAUGUCCCAAACCAGUUCUUUCCACGUCUAUAUACCAAACUAGCACAGCAGUCACUCUCUGUCCUGUCCUGUAGCACUACUCCUAUGCCUGCUGCACUACGUAGAAUCUUAUAGACCAACACAUAGCCUACUGUAUGGGCUCACAGUUUGUACUUCACAGUGGGACUGCUUUAAAAAGACAAGACUGAACAGCUGGGAUCCCUCCUGUUGCCAAAUACUGGCAAUCAUGUGAUGGAACUUUUGGAUCAGAAUGACCAAAUGUAUCACUGGUUGAUGUAUUCCAAUUAAGUCUUCAACAUACCUAUGGGACGCAUGACCAGCCUGGACUGCUUUCUUCUGCCUUAUGAAUGACAGAUAGGACAAGACUCAACCUUCCAGAUACCAUAGUUUUAAAGCAAGUCCAGUAACUAUGGAUUUCAAGGGACCCACAGGAGCCUUUAGCACUAAUGACAAUUUGAAGCACAUCGGAGACUACACAAGCAGUGAAAAAACAUAAUAUUCACUAAAAACCUAAAUAAAUGUGAUGAAAAACAGACCUGAAGCAUGCCUGUCCAAAUAUGUGAGAUAUUAGUGAUUUUCUUGCAUGGAGACUGACAACAUUGUACAUUUUCUUCCUUGUUAGCCAGUAGAUCCCACUGAAGACUGUAAGCAACCUAAAGAAACUGUAUACGUGAAGUAGCAUAGUGUACCCGUGUUUAUAAGUUCUGCUCAAUCCUGUAUUGCACAUAUCAGUGGGGCCAGGAUGGUUUGUUUGGUCGCAUUUGAUUCUUGCACAGAAAUGAGGUAUAUAGAAAGUUGUAUUUAAAAUAUAUGCAUUUUAGGAAGUCUGCUUUAAAAUUUGACUAAUUAUAGAAGUAUGUGUGAUUUAUUUUAAGGAAUGUAAUUGUCAAGCAAUGUCAAGUGGAAUGCAGGGUUUGGGCACAAACUAAAAAUAACACCCAGUUUAUUAAUAAUGUGGUUUACAAAUUUCAUCAAAGUAAUUUGGAUUUUGUUAUAUAUAGGUUAUAUUUGAAACAGACUGGUAUAAAAUAUAAGAGGCUUUGUUUAUAUUUAGUGUGGUAACACUUUACACUAAGGUUCCAUUUGAUAGCAUUAGUUAAUUCAUUAGGAAUCAUGAACUAACAAUGAACAAUAUAUAUUUUCACAGCAUUAAUUAAUCUUUGUUAAUGCUAGUUCAUAAAAAUGCAAUUGUUCAUUCUUCAUGUACGUUCAAAAUGCAUUAAUUAAUGUUAACAUAUACACAUUUUGAUUUUAAAAAUAUAUUACUAUAUGAAGAAAUUAACAUUAACCAAGAUGAAUAAAUGCUGUAAAUGUAUUAUUCAUUGUUAGUUCAUCUUAACUAAUAUAAACAAAGGGAACCUUAGUGUAACAUGUUACCUUUAUUGUUUUGGUUAUGCCCACAUAUUGUUUCAUUUUGGGUUCCUAGGGUCAUUGUUAACCUGGAAAUAUCAGGGAAUUUUUAAAUUGUGAUUUCCAGACCUGGAAAAGUUGUGGAAAUUAAUAACAUCUUGGAAUUUUGGAAAAGUAAUUGAACUUCCAGUAGUGAAAUAUACAUGUUUCUAGUUAUGCUCAGUUCUGAAAAAAUUAAUUGGCUAUAAAUUAUUUUUUGUGAGAGCAAUCUCUAUAAAAUGAUUAUUUAUUUAUUUAUUUAUUUAUUUUAAUCCUUACUAAUUAAUCACAAAUGACUGAAAAUCAUGGAAAUUCAUUGGUAAUAUUAUGCAGGAACCCUGGUCUAUGCUUUCAUGAGUCACAGUGCUAAAGCAUACAAAAUGGGUUAUUCACUUUCUAAUCCUUAAGACUAUUGUAUGUAUUAAUAGGAAUAGAGAAAUGGCCAAUAAUUGUAAAUGUACCCUUAUACACUUAAACAAAUCUUUUUCACUCAUUUUGUUAAAGCUGUGUGUGUAAUCUAUUAUGAUUUAUUUAUUAAUACUUUCACCUAUCCGAACGUAAUGAGAUGUAAUUAUAAGUGAUUGAUUUCUAAAUUGAUUUCCCCAAUUAUAAAAAACACUGUGGCUUGCAUUCAACAUUGCUCUAUUUGUUGGAGUGCCGACAUAGUACAUUGGCUUAAUCAAUUGCACAAGUUUAAAGGAAUAGUUCACUAAAAAAAUGAAAAUUCUGUCAUCAUUUACUCACCCUCAUACCAUCCCAGAUGUGUAUGACCUUUUCUCUUCUGCAGAACACAAAUUAAGAAUUUUUACAAGAAUAUUUCAGCUCUGU